CUUACUUGAUAUGGGUGGUCUAUCUAACCCAACUAGGAGUUUAACUGCACGUGUUUUUGGAAGGGGGUGGGGCUUAUCUUUGUCUAGUGAUGGGAGGGAUGGAGUAGCACCUCUCGUUGGGAGUAGCGCUGUCCAGGCUGAACGGCAUUACUUGGGUUCCACUAUGGGACCUAAUACUUCCACUCCUGUUUCUCAGUCCAACCUCAACCCUAUCCGGUUGGUAUCAUCUGAUGCGCUAAGUGGCAUAAUCACUGACCUAGCAAAACAGAUUGGGGAUAAUAUUGCAGCUAACUUGUCCACCAAGCACCAGCCCAGUGGUAGUCGGUCUUUUUCUCACUCGUCUGACCAGUCUGCUAAUGGCUCUGGACCCAGCUGAACGUGGUAGUGCAGCCGAGCUUAGAGCCGCCUCCAUUUUUUAAAGGGGACGGUUCUGACAGGUUCUCCAUACAUGAGUGGACAAACAUGAUGGAGAGAUAUGCUGCCAAGAUGUCGUACACUUCCCAAAGUGAGAUGUAUGAAUUCCCGAUGAGCAGGUUGGCUGGGAGGGUGAGAGAUGUUGUUAGGGUGUCACUUCGCAGCCAGGUUGGGUUAGCGCCUGCCCAACUGCCCUCUGCAGUCAUUGACAUCCUGAGAUGCCAGUUUAGUGACUUUGCCCACUCCAUCAUUCCUAUGAAGGAUUUUUAUGGUACCCUUCCGAAAGCUGGUGAGUCUGCCCUGGACUACUGGAUAAGGCUUAAUAAAUCAAUUGAUGCUGUUGACGAAUGUCUGCAAAGGAGGGGGAAGUGUGUUGAUGAUCCUAGUGUUGAGGCGGUGAUGAUGUUCAUAGCACAUUGCCCAGACCCCGACCUCGCUGUUUCUUUUAAGUUUAAGCCUGCAGAGAGGUGGUCUGCUGCUAAGGUGCGGGAUCAGUUGGACAACCACAUGAGUAGCAUGAGGUUUCCUGUUGGGGCAACCCGUCGCCCCCAGUGUGUGUCAGCUCAGGGACAGUGUGUGGAUGUGUCACCUUCACCAUGUUGUAACUGUAGGCUUGCCCAGCAGCCUGCCCCUGAAUCUAGCAUUUCCCCAGCCAGUUUUUGUGCUAGUGUUAGUGGUUCCUUUCCGACUAAAGUUGACCAGGCUGUUGCAAUGUCCCCACCCACAGCUGCAAACCCAACUAUUCCAUCUGGCGUCUAUCCGCCUGAUUUAGGGUUGAGUCAGUUGGCCACUUUGCUUAACAGUGUUUUAGCCAGGUGUCCAGCUGCCUUACCAGUAUCCACUGUGUCGAGCACCCGGCAGUCCUGGCGUUCACGGAACUCAAUGAGCCCUGCAAGGUUUGUCAGGCACAAGAUCGUUCUACCUAUGCUCACUGUAGACGAGAACGGUUGUAUUGUCAAUGUUUCAGUCCAGACCAUUUCAAGAACCGGUGUCCGCGCUCCUCUUCCUUGCCUCAGGUGGCUGGGUCAUUGUCAUCCCCGGGGGCUGCUUUAAACUAACCAGCUCAUGUCAGGGGAGGGGUGGCAUGGAUGAAGAGGUGAACUCCCUCACCGAACCCAUUGACCUGAAGUCCAUUUAUGAAUCGUGUUCCAGUUCGCUCCCUCGAGAUAAGUCAGUUAUCUUUGUGGGAUCGCAGAGACUUGAAGGUGUUGGUGAACAAUUUUAUGCUCCAGUGGCGUUCAGCGGCAGACAUGUGCUCAGGGGCAUGCUUGAUACUGGCAGCAUGUCAUGCACUCUUAGUGAGGCGGCAGUGUCUAGUCUGGUGGCAGCUGGUGUGCCUAUGCAUCUCCAACCUGUGCCUGAUCAAGUGGUUCUCAUGGGAUGCGGUGGCUUGAUGACAAAACCUAAAGGCAUUUACGAAUUUGACAUCGAAAUUUACGGCUUGCAGUUUUCAAUACCAAUGCUUGUUGUUUCUGGCCAGAAGAAUGACCUUAUUAUUGGCAGUAACGUUCUUAGACCUGUCACCCGGGAGCACUGUUAUUGUAGAGCCAACCUCCUCUCACUCCACGCCCAAGAACAUUCUAGUGGGGCGGGUUGUUACACCGAUACCCCUAUCACUUUGCAACAUAAUGCUAAGUUGGCGGAUGUCUUUCCCUGUCUGGCGCUGGAGGAUUUGUGCUUGACUCAAGGCCUGUGCGAAAAUGUACUUGUCCCUGAUGGUGCUGGCUCCAGCCCACCCAACGUGUCUGAUCCAGAACUGAGGCUGCGUGAUUCUGAUUUGAAUGACAUUGAUAUUGACGGGUGUGAAGUAUCAUUAGAUUGGAAACAGAAACUAGCUGAUCUCGUUCUCUCAUACCUGGAUGUCUUUUCCAGGGGGAAAUUGGACUGUGGAGAGGCCCGAGGUUUUGUGCAUCGUAUUCGGCUGUCUGAUGACAAGCCGUUCAGACUGCCUUACAGUCAAGUGCCCCCUGCCCAUUACCAGCAGUUGCGAGAGGUCUUGAUGGAGAUGAGGGACAUAAUCAGCAAGUCUGUGAGUUUGCCUCACCCUUGGUGGUGGCUUGGAAGAGGGAUGGUGGACUGCGCAUAUGCACUGACUUUCGCAUGAUGAAUGCAAAGACAGUGAAGGAUGCCCACCCAUUGCCUCACCAAGCUGAUUGCCUUGCAGCCCUUGGCGGUAAUGGCUUUUUCAGCACGAUAGUCCUCACAUCGGGAUUCUAUAAUGUCCCUUUGCAUGAAGCUGACAGGCAUUACACAGCCUUCACGACGCCCCUAGGGCUAUAUGAAUACAACCAUCUGACUCAAGGCCUCUGCAACAGCCCAGCGUCAUUCAUGUGCAUGAUGCUUAGCGUUUUUGGAGACCUCAACUUCUCCAGUCUGCUCUGCUAUUUGGAUGAUCUUCUUGUCGUCAGAGAGCGAAGCUUUGAAAUGCUUGGAAGUGGUGUUCUCAUGCUUACGGGCAAACAACUUAAAACUUUCCCAAAAGAAGUUCUACUUCCUUAGGAGAUCUGUCAGGUUUUUGGGGCAUGUAGUGAGUGCUGAUGGUGUUUCUGUUGACCAGGAGAAAGUGAUAGGGACUUGGUGAAAGGAUAGGGACUUGAUGGAGGAGGAUGGCUGUACCUCUUCCCAGAGGAGGGUACGAUCCUUCUUAGGAAUGGUUAUGUUCUACCAACAUUUCAUUCCUGGCUGUUCAUCCUUAGUGAAGCCCCUGUUUGGGCUGACUGCCGGUCAGAAGCGGAUACGUAGAGGGGCCAGAGGGCAUAGGAAACCUGGGACGUUUCGUAAGCUGACCCCCCAGGACUGGACACCGGCCUCUGCAAAGGCUUUUGCUGAUUUGAAGCAGGCUCUGCUAAAGAGCGUCAUACUAGCGCACCCAGACUUUAAUCGGCCAUUCAUUUUGUCAACUGAUGCUUCACUGGAUGGUCUGGGCGCAGUGUUAUCUCAGGUGGCUGAAGGGGCAGAGAGGGCCAGACCAAUCGCGUUCGCUAGUAAGUCGCUCACACGCAGCCAGGCUAAUUACCCUGCUCACCGCCUGGAAUUUCUAGCAUUGAAGUGUGCGAUAAAUUUAGCCACUGGCUCAAAGGUCACAGUUUUACGGUUUGGACUGACAACAAUCCCUUGUCAUACAUCCUAACCAAACCCAAACUGGAUGCCUGUGAGCAGCGCUGGGUCGCUAAAUUGGCGCCAUAUUCCUUCGACAUCAAGCACAUCCCUGGUAGGCUGAACAUUGUGGCAGAUGCCCUCAGCUGGGAUCCAUUUGUGAAGCCUUUGUCCCAGCGUCUGCUGUCUGAGCCAUACACUAGGCUACUCGAUCAGUCAAGUGACUUGCAAGUUGACCAGGUUCAAGAUGCUUUCCGGUUGACAUGUCAGCCGCAAUCAUUGUGCGUCUUAGGUGUGUCUUCAGGAUCCAUGACUGGAGAGGAGGUUUCCUCUGUGCUGGGUGUGCACGAUGCUAGUGACUGUGCCUCUGAACACCGUGUGGCUUCUCUCGUCAAUCACCUUAGUGAUGUUGGUUUGCCGGAUGCAAAUUGUCUCUGGCGGAUCUACAGUCUGAACAGAGGCAUGAUCCAGUCCUCUCCAGGACCGCACCUCUUUGUGGGUUCAUGGGCAACCUUCUGAGUUGGGAUCCGACAGGGAGAUAAUUGGUAACUUGUCUCGUGUAGGGGACUUGGUUUGUCCUCUAUAUCCCACUGUGGCCGGUGCUGGUGGUUCCCCAUCCCUUGUGAUUAACGCCCCCUCCGGUCAUUUGUCUGUCAGUCCUAGUGAUGACCUGCCUUGUUCUGUUGUGGGUGUCCAGGAUCGUGUUUCUCGGUUUGGGAGGGUGAUUAGACCAGUUAGGCGGUUAGUGGAAUCCAUGGUUAAGUUACAGACAUUUGCGAAGCACAGUAAGUAAACACAAAAUCACAAAAGUAAACACAAAAGGUGGGACUGUUCUUCCCCUCUGUAGUGCUGAUCUAUUCUGGGUUUUUCAGUCAUGAUGAGCAAGGGGCCUGAGUCUGUAGUGUAUAGGGCACUUUAACCUGCUGGAGUUUCCUGGGGCAUUGCUUGGCGCAGAGUGUGCCCUAGUUCUCCAUAACCCUUUUGGAAGGGGUAGUUCUUAACUGGUCUGUGGUGAGGCACCGUUGUGACCCUUGUUUUUCACAAGAAACCAGAAUGGUUGUAUAAUUCUUGGGGGGACUGACUGGUUACACAUGUCUAUCUCGCUUGGACGUAGCUUUGAACAAAGCCGUCCGCCAAACAAAUAAAUAUAGACGUAUUAAACCAUUCUUACUGCUGAUAUAUAUACCUAAUAAAGUAAUCACUUGAGUAGUAAUUGAGCAUCUUUGAUUAUAACCAAAUAUACAUAAGAUAAGAUACACAUAGUAAUUCCACACGAGGGAAGUUUACUUGUUACAACAGUCUUUUAAAGAUAAUUAGCAAUAGAGAACAAAUCAAAGGAUUCUAUAACAAUAUGAUAAAUAAAAAAAAUAUAUGUGAAAAAUUGUGCACACAAUUCAUGCUGAAUUGCACAUACUGUUCACACCAUUCCGUCAUUCAUUUGUAUGCGGGAAUAAAUCCGUCUCAAUGAUUAUGGUAUGUUAGGUUUAAUUUUAGAAGUUUGUCAUAGAUAUUACCUGAAAAAAUUUAAUGUUAAGGACAUCUGAGAAAUUUUGAAAUAUUUUAUUAUGAGAGGUGUAAAAUAGCCCUAAGGAAAUGCAAAUAGUGUCUUGUUAAAUAUUUUCUUAGUUGAUAUUGCUGGUAUAGCCCUUCUGCAUGUGUGCUUUUAAUCUUAAAUACUUGCGCCUUCUGACAUCCCACCUCACCGUUUGCUUCUGCUUAUUUAGUUCUCACCUUCAAGUGCUUUAUUCCUUCAGUUAGACGGUUAUCUUUGAAUAAAUCUGACCUAAUAUGUUUUUAUUCGUUUUUACCUGGAACUACCUGCUUUAUUGUUGUCUUAAAUCAAUCUGUCAUUGUUUUUAAAUUGCUGCAAAAUGUACUGCAGUAUAAUUUCAAUAAAUCCAUUUACUGAUAAUUCCAUCGUAUUAAACAGACCUAACGCUAGCCUAACAUCAAG